AUGCGCCAGCCCCCUGCUCCGUGUGGAGCUUCAAUAGCGCAGAGCAGCGUCUACAGCAAACUUCUCCUCGCAGACCGUGUGUGUGUACCGGACCAAACGACAGACAGACAUGGCAGAAGUCGCACCAGCACCCGCAGCGCCAGCGCCGGCAAGGCACCCAAGAAGAAGGCAGCAGCCAAGCCCAAGAAAGCGGGACCCAGCGUAGGAGAGCUCAUCGUCAAGGCUGUGACCGCUUCCAAGGAGAGGAGCGGCGUGUCCCUGGCCGCGCUCAAGAAGACGCUGGCGGCAGGCGGCUACGACGUGGAGAAGAACAACUCCCGCGUCAAGAUCGCAGUCAAGAGCCUCGUCACCAAGGGCACCGGUGCAUCCGGCUCCUUCAAGCUCAACAAGAAAGCCGUCGAGGCGAAGAGCCCCGCCAAGAAAGCCGCAGUCCCCAAAGUAAAGAAGGUGGCCGCCAAGAAGCCCGCCGCGGCGAAGAAGCCCAAGAAGGUAGCAGCCAAGAAGGCCGUCGCCGCAAAGAAGUCCCCCAAGAAGGCCAAGAAGCCCGCUACACCCAAAAAGGCCGCCAAGAGCCCCAAGAAGGUGAAGAAGCCCGCCGCAGCGGCCAAGAAGGCGGCCAAGAGCCCCAAGAAGGUGAAGGGUACUUCUGAUCCAGCAGGUGGUGCUAAGAUCCCUCCCUAUAUGACUUGA